AUGGGGUUUAAUCGUUUCCAGGUCAAUCAGUUUUACGACAACUUGCAGAGUCUUCAAGACCAGUAUAAGUUUAAGCCUACUAGGAUUUAUAAUAUGGAUGAAAGUGGUAUUAAUACUGUGCCAAAGAAGAUUUCAAUCAAAGGUAAAAAGUUAGUAGGAAAAAUAGUUUCAGCUGAGAGAGGACGAACCAUUACUUUAGUUUGUGCCAUGAGUGCUACGGAAAGUUAUGUUCCGCCGGCUUUUAUUUUUCCUCGUAAAAGAAUGAAGGGUUAUUUACUAAAUAAUGCACCUCCAGGAAGUAUUGGAAUGGUUUCUGAUUCUCGAUUUGUAAAUACCAAUAUGUUCUUAGAAUAUCUUCAUUACUUUAAAGACAACGUGCAACCCACUAAAGAGAAUCCAGUGUUAUUGAUAUUAGAUAACCACAGUAGUCAUCUUUCUUUAGCUGCCGUCAACUUUUGUCGUGAAAAUGGUAUUCAUUUACUUACUCUUCCACCACACAGUAGCCACAAAAUGCAACCUCUAGAUCGUGGAUUUUUGGGACCAUUGAAAACGAAAUUUGCUUACGAGUGUGACAAAUGGUUAAGUAGUAACCCAGGACGGGUCAUUGGGCAGACAGAAGUGGCUCAACUAGUUAAUGAAGCUUUAAAAAAAGUCGCAACUGUUAAUAAUGCUACUUCAGGUUUUAGAACUUCUGGGAUAUGGCCUAUCGAUAGAGAAAUUUUUUCAGAAGAAGAUUUCGCAGCAGCUUCUGUUACUGACAUAAACCUUCCAUGUACAUCAUCUGAGAAAAGUAGCUCACAGAAUAUCACAGCUACUAGAUCUACUGCAUUUUCUACAUCAGAGUCUUUGCCAAGUACUUCUAAUGCUUUAACUGUAUCAGAACUUCAACCGAGUACGUCUUCAACAUUGUAUCCACUACCAACUUCAUCACACGUGAGCACUGUAACAGAUUUAGCUUUAGUUGUAGUGACUCCAUCAUCAGGUUCUCAACCAGCUGCAGAUACAUGUUCUAAUUUAUAUACACCUUUGUCAUCAAUCCAACCGUUUCCGAAAGCGAAAGAACAAACAAGACGUAGAAAAGGUAAAAAAUCUAUUGUCGCUACUGAUAGCCCUUUGAAAUUAGAAUUGGAAAAAAAAGUCAGGAAGAAGAAAAAAUAG